AUGCCACCUAGGCGGGGUUCAAGAAAAAGAGGAAAUUAUUCUCUAAAAGCUAGAAAUCUAAAAGAGUCGGAUAAUAAUGUAGAUAUUAGUGAGGAUUUUAUACCUUUAGAAAAAGGUGAAAACUGUAAAAUGGAAAACACAUCUGAGAAUAUAGAGCAGUUUGAUAAUAUGUCCGAACCGGCAGAAAUUAAUGAUUCUUUCAAUCUUAUUGAAAGCAAUGUAGCUGAAGAAAAAAAUUUCAUUAAUAAAGAAGAAUCAGAUGAAGUACUUUCAUCUGAAUAUUUGGAAAACACAAUUGAUUUUAAUGUUUCUACUGAUUUACAAAUAAUUCAGGAAAACUUAAAACUUGAAAAUAGUAAUUUAGAAAGUGAUGUAAAAUCAGAAAACAAAAAUUUUGAAUUUGAAAACAGUAAAGAUAAUUUAGGUAACCAAGAAUUUGAUUGUAAAUCAAUUAUUAACGAAAAUGUUAAAUUAAAUGAAAAAUUAUACAUAAAUCCAUUAAAUAAAGAAAAUAAUCGAACUUUACAAGAAAAUACAGAACUAAAAAAUUAUGAUGGUAUUAAAGAACAAAGUGUGAUAAUAAAAGAAAAAUUUGAUGCGUGUGGAAAAACCCAAGAAAAACAAUAUCCAGAAAAUUGUGAAAGUCAAACAUUGCAAAUGAAACAAGAAGUAAAUGACAGUAAAAAAAAGGGUGAUAAUAUUGAAAAUGAAAAUAACAUAUUUAAAGAAAGUGAUAGCAUAAGUCCAGAUCUCCCUUAUCAAGUUAAAAUAAGCCAUUUACCAGCAAAUUAUAUUCCUUCGGAUUUUCAAAAGCAUAUUAUAACCACAUUUAAAGUUAAAAUACAAAAAAUAAUUUCUCCUGGUAAAAAUAGUCCUUGGGUUAUAAUACCACUUGCAACUAAAGAAGAACAAGAAAAUAUUGUCAGACUACUUCACAAUCACAUAUGGAAAAAGAAAGCCUUGAGAGCAAUCGCAAUAUAUCCAACAAAUGUUUUAAAACGGAAAAAUGAAACUUCUGAAGGUCCAGAAAACAAAAAGGCAAAAAUAGAUGAAGUGCCAGUUUUAACUCUUGAAGAGGAAAUUUUAUCAGAAUCACUUCCUUUAUACAAUGUUCCCUAUGAAGAACAAAAUCGACUGUCAAUAGUUGAUGUUGAGAUUUUAUCAAAUAAAUUACAUUCUUUUAUGUAUGUUAGGAAUCCAGAUCUGGCAGGAUGGGCAGAAUUGAUGUGCUUAAAAAAUAAUAAUUCCAUUUUUAAAAUUGAGCCUUUAAAAACUUCUCCCAUUUUACAAGGCUAUAGGAAUAAGUGCAAAUUUAGAGUUGGGAAAAAUAUUGAAGGAAAGACCACUGUUGGAUUUUGUUUGAAUGAUAAUGAAAAUAAAAUCCUGGGUGUUCGACCGGGCGACAAACUUAUACAUUUACCAGAUAGCAUGAAAUAUGCAGCAAAGAAAUUUGAAGACUUUAUUCGAACAUCCGGGAAGGAACCUUUUGUCAAGAAGCAAAAAUCUGGAUUUUGGGAUCACAUUACUAUUCGCACAACUCCUGAAGGGAGUUUAAUGUUGGUUGUUGUAAUGUACCAUAACAAUUUAUCAGAUGAAAGUAUUAUCGAAAUUAAAAAUCAAGUGAGAGAAUAUUUUGUAAAUGGAGAAGGACGAGAUUGCAAAUUACAUUCUUUAUAUUUUCAUACAAUGUACGACAAGUAUCCUGUCCCCCCCAGGGAAAAAUUAGAAUUGUUACACGGCGAAACUCACUUUUUAGAAAAUAUAUGUGGAUUAAAAUUUUACGUCGGUCCAUUUUCUAUUUUAAACGUAAAUUCUUCAUCCUCCGAAAACAUUUAUAAUUCUAUUAUUGAACUUGCCGAUCCCACUCCCGAAACAAUUAUUCUGGACUUGUGUUCUGGAACUGGUGGAAUAGCAUUUACUAUUGCAAAUAGAUGUAAAAAUGUGAUUGCUAUCGAAUCUCAUAGUGAUCACAUAAACUAUGCUCUUAAAACGAAAGAAUUAAAUAACAUACAAAAUGUCGAGUUCAUCAAGGGUAAAGUCGAAGAUGAAUUGGGUAAAGUUUUUGACAGAUUAGGAGGAGAUGUUCCCAUUAUUCCUAUAAUAGAUCCUCCGAGGCAAGGACUUGUACAAAAGGCAAUAAGUCAAUUGAGAGCGAACGAGAACAUUAAAAAAUUAGUUUACGUAUGUUCGAAUAGUAAAAUGGGUGCCAAAAACAUUUUAGAUUUGUGUGCUGCAGCCGAUAGAAAAGAGGGGACUUUGGGUAACCCCCUAAAUGUAAUUUUUUCCGGUUUACCUUUUCUCCCUGUCAGAGCCAUACCUAUCGACGUGGCACCGUACACAGUGAAUAAUACCAUUGUUAUACUUUUUGAAAGGAUAGAUCCUUCUGUUUUUCCAAAAGCACAAAAACCACCUCCUCAACCUAUCAAGAAGCCGCCUCAAUUACGUAAAGACGAAAAUAAAAAAAAGAAAAAUGUCAGUAAGAAAAUGUCACGUAAUGGUGGCGGAAACCAAUCAGGGAAAUUUCCUCCGCCUUUUCUUAGACACAUGGAUCCGGCAUUAAGCUUAGUUGAAAAAUAUGAGAGACGCAUUGCAGAACUAGAGCAACAAGAUAGAGCUUUCAAAGCAGGUUUGACAUUAGGCCUGCAAGCUUUAGGAACGAGAGGACCUCACAGGGGAGGAGGAAAUGGCCAUUUCGAUGGCAUGAAUAAUGAUUUUAAUUUUGGCGGAAAUGGUAAUUUUGAUGAAUUCAGGGUUAAUUUUACGAGGGAGCGUAACGGUUACGAAAACAUCAUGUGGCGAAAUGAAAGAUAUUAUGAUAGUAUGGGAGGAUACGGAGGACAUUAUUAUGAAAACAGAUAUGCCACUAAUGAAGCUUUUAAUAACUAUGAUAAUUUUGGUCAUUUCGGCGGUUACAAUAAUUUCGGACACAAUGAUAAUAAUUAUAAUACCAGUUAUGGACCUGAUUAUGGAUAUUAUAGAAAUUUUCAAGGAUACAAAUUUAGACGUUGA